UGCGGGAGUAGUUGGUGCUGAGCUACUUUCUUUUUCUGUUUUGCAAUUGCACAUGCCUGGACUGGGUGCUCGGCGGGGGGGGGAAGCGACCCACAGGGGCUGGCCAGGCAGGGAAGGGAGCCCGGGGCUUGCAACAUGUUGCAGGGGAGCUCUCGCCAGCCGGGGCAGCGCGUCUGGGACUGAGCCGGCCGGGGUGUGUUCCUGCUUCUCCAGUCCUGCAACCGCCCCGGGGGCGAUUUGACUCGCUCUAGAGGGGGGUUGCUUUGACCCCGAGAUCUGAGAGUAGGCAGUCGCUGAAUGUCAUGGCUGACGACAAAGCUGGUCCCAAGGUCUCUAAAAAGGGAAGCUCGCAGUCUGGAAACUCCCGAGGGGAUGCCACAGAGCCCAGCACCCUGCUGCAGAAACUGAAGAGCACCAUCUCCAAAUCCGUGCAGAACAAGGUGGACAGCAUUCUGCAAGAUGUGCAGAAAUUUUCAGACAACGAUAAACUCUACCUGUACCUACAGCUGCCGUCUGGUCCGAGCUCUGGGGAAAAAAGCAGCCUGGACCUGAGCUCCCUGAGCACUGCUGAGCACAUGCAUGCAUGCAACUGGAUCCGGAAUCACCUGGAGGAACACACGGACACCUGCCUGCCCAAGCAGGAUGUCUACGACACAUACAAGCGAUACUGUGAUAACCUCUGUUGUCGCCCUCUGAGUGCCGCUAACUUCGGGAAGAUCAUCCGGGAGAUCUUCCCAAACAUCAAAGCCAGAAGACUGGGAGGACGAGGACAAUCGAAGUAUUGCUACAGCGGGAUCAGGAGGAAGACAGUGGUCAGCAUGCCACCCCUGCCCAGCCUGGACCUCAAAGUUACCGAUACUUCGGAGCUCACAGACCUGGUGCAGUCGUACCACGACGAGCUGGUGGACGCGGCCUGCGCUCUGACCUGCCACUGGGCUGAGAAGAUCCUCAAACGCUCCUUCAACAACAUCGUGGAGGUGGCUCAGUUCCUCAUCCAGCAGCACCUCAUCAGCUCGCGCUCCGACCGCGCUGACCUGGUCAUGGCCAUGGUGGUCUCAGAAAGUUCAGAAAAUAUCCACCGAGACACUCGACCGUCACAAACUGCCAGGAAGAACGGAUUGGAAACAUCGGACAGCACUGUCAAAACCCAGGCUCAGAACAAAAAGGAGAAUAACUCGAAACCCUCCGUCGCGCCCCGAGCCGAGAGGAAGAAAACCCCAGAGACCCCCAAGCCGGUGAGCAGCCCCCAAGUCAACGCCCUGGUGGCUCGCCUGCCUUUCCUCCUGCCUCGCAUCCAGGCCAACGAGAGACUGAUGCCGCCGGGUGCCCAGGCCGUGCGGUCCUCCCCUCCCAUCCUGGCGCCCAAGAUCACGGCCACACCCAUCGGGGGCACGGUCAAGAUGGCCGCCCUGCCGCUGCCGGUGGGCACCGCCUCCUCCCUGCCUAUCAACCUGGCACCAGGCGUGAACGGGGCGGCGGGGCUGGUCAGCCAGCAAGCGGCAGUGCCGGUGAUCAACAUGAUCCUGCCCAGCAUGAGCAUCCCUGUGGCCGAAAUUCCAGCCAAGCCCAAGAGCGCGGCCGGGGGCGGCAGCGACAGGCACGGCCCUGCCAAAAGCAGCGAGGGGCCGGCCGGCAGCCAGCAGGAGGCACAGGGAGCCAAAGGGGCCAAGCGCCCCCUGGAGUCGCCCAUGGAGGCUGCCACCAUUAAGAGGAAGCGCGGUCGGCCCCGGAAGAGGCUGGAUGAGGCGGAGGCCUGUUCGCCGGAUAAAUGCAGCAGUGCGGAGGAAGGGGGUGCCCCUGAGACCGGAGGAGGGGGCGAUGCCGGCCAUGAGGGUAGCACAUCACGGAGCUUGUUCGUCUCGGGCGGGACUGGAGGGUCGCCCAGCCCGUGUCCCGGAGAGCUCUGUGUGGGAGGCCUGGACAGCCGGGCUAAGGGAGCGUCACCUGGUGCUGACAACAGAGGCAGCUCGCUGGACGCUGACCGAGCCACGGGCACCUCCCAGGUGAGCGUCAUCCAGGACAGCCGGUUCAGUGGUCAGAGCCAGCUGAAAGCUGGCGCCCAGGAGCUGGAGCUGGAGGACGAUUUGCAGGUGCAGAUGAACCCAGGAGAGGCUUCUGUACCAGGAUCUCAAGGCCCCCAGGAGGGGAGACCUCACCCCCGCUCUCCCUUGGGAGACACCAAACCGAAGAGCCCGCAAAAAAGCCCAGCCUUGCUCCUGCUGUCAGCGAUUUCUUCCCCCGACGAUCACGCUCAGCUGUCCGAUUCUGGGAGCUCUCCCGAUUUGCAGGGCGACGCGUCUGGAUCGGAGGAGUCGUCGCCACCGCCGCCGCCGGGUUUGCGGUGUGCUGGUGCUAGCGAGGACAAAGCCGCUAGGCGCCAGCGCAACCCUGCUUCCAAAAGGCUCCACAGCCCCCCAUCCGCAGCGGAUCACCCCUGAGCACGCUCUGCGCAGCGCCCACGCCUCAGCAAGCCGAACUCGUCCUCUGCCCACGUCCAGGAGCUGGCGCUCUGCCGCAACCGGACGCCUCGCAGGGAAGAUUUUAAAAUGAUAUUCAUUUGCUAACUGCCUCCGUCCCUUCCCAGGGCUGCAGAAUAACACCCCUCCUCCCCACCCUCCCUGUUGCCAUGCAAUUAAAUAAAGCCAGUCAUUGCCACACACGGUUUGUCUGUGAUCGGCAGCUGUCACCUUUCCUCUGGCCCAGCAAUUUGGUUUUGCUGCAUUGGGAGGCCAGGCCAACGCACCAUCACUCCUGCCCCCUCCGGGAGGGAAGGGCUGCUGCUCCCAGGGGUGGAAAAGAUCCCGCUGGAGAGUAGGAAGCCCUCAGGUCAAGAAAUGAGUUGGGUAACAUCUCUCUACCUCAGCCAGCAAGGGCGUCUACACUGCUCACUGCGCCCAGGCUCCGACUCGGGUUUAAGCCCCAGCCCCCCUUCUGUCCACACCAAACCAGUGACUUGGGUCAGCGAGCACAGCAUCUAAGUCCUGCUGCGAGUUGGGUCCGAGCCCUGUCGUUCUGCAGUGGGGAUGCAGCUUGAGCCGCAGACCCACGUCAGAGGGUCAGUGCAGUGCGGCACAGACACGUUCGCACGGCUGAGACCCGGGCCCAACCAUUGGAAACCCAGGUUUGCAGUGCAGUCUGGCAGCUCAAACGCAGCCCGAGUCCACCAGCCCAGGUCCCACAGAUCUGGGUUAAGCGUGCAGAGUAGAAGUAACCCAAGAGAUCGUGUUCACGGUGCCCUCUGCAGACUGCACUGCUCUUGGAUACUCUGGUUUCAGGCCACUGGUGUAACCCCCAAAGCAAACCCCUGGAGUUAAUGCCAUUCGCCCCGGCGCAGCAGCACUUGUGCUGCUGCGGUUACACCAGGGCUGAAAUCAGAGGCUUUUGGGGCACACCGCCAGUCUUGCAUCUAGAGGGAGAUUUUGCUACUGCUCCUCUCCUGUGCAGGGCUGCGUGCCCUUGGCUUGCCUCAGCUCGCAGGCGCUAAGCACCCCGCAGGAUGGAAGCUGGUGUUCCCGCUGAUCCCAGGUUUGAUUUUCAAGCUCAAGCUUUGGGUGACCUUGUUGUUGUUGUGAUGUGUCUCGCCUUUAAUUUCUCCCUUUUGGUCCAUGUUUUGAUUUGCCCACGAGCAUCACUAACCUAAGCAAUGAGCUGGAUGCAUGAGGUUCUCUGGCCUCUGCCCCUUCUUGCCCUGGGAUCUAGGAAUCUAAGCCACCCUGGGACUAGGGAGCAAAGAUCUCUGCUUGAAAGGGCUCAAAGAGAGGUGGCCUUUACAAAACUGGGCUCUCCUGCUGCUGUCUGGGGUGUAAUGGAUUCCAAGGCCAGAAGGGGUCAGUGUGUGACCAUCUAGGCUGACCUGGACAACACAGGCCCUAAACUAAUUCUCAGAGCAGGUCUGCUAGACAAACAGCCAAUCUUGAUUUAGAAAGCAUCAGUGAUGGAGAAUCCCCCACGACCCUUGGUUGUGCAGAACAAGAGCGUAGAGAAGGCAUCUCUUGUUUUUCAAUCCAAAUCCAGUCUGCCCGGGUUUUACGAGGAGGUUUAUCCCUUAACUGAAAGACCUGGGAUGUUAGCUCGUUAACAAAGAUGCCCUGUAUCCAAACUGUUAGUUAGUCAUUGGAGUUAAAUAGGCCUCACCCCCUAAAAAAACCUGAUUACACCCCUCUCACUAGCUCAGUGUUCACUCUCCUGAAGUCCCUGUUUCACUGACUUUCAUGCCCACCCAGGCCCUGUCUGCAUUUGCAUUUUAUUUAUCUCCUAGCAUUGCCUUAGCACUGUUGCAGCUUCCGCAGCUGCAUAGAGUGGGAAGCGCUAGUACAAAUGAACAGCUGGCACCACAACCAGCCGCUGGGCCUGUGCUCAUAGCUAACAGCGGGAAUAAGGAGGAACCUCUCAGAUUCUCUCUGCCUGAUGCACCCUCCCCAGGUGUCUCAUUGCUCCACGGGAGAUUUAAGUGAUGGGCUGGCUGAGCAAUCGUUCUCCAAAUGCAUUAGACAACCUCUAGCAUUGCCAUGCAGAGGGGUGCUUGGUAUCUGGUGCCCCAGUACUUCCCGCUAGCCCCAGCAUGGGGGCUACACCAAACCAGUGACAGUGAUGUUUUGUCUGCAUCGUGAAUAAAAUCCUCCAUACUGUCCUGCAUGGGGGGGAAGGAGGAGGGGGCGGACAACUGGAAACUGUUCUUCCAGCCUUCACCCAGGCAGGAGAGCGGAGAAGUGGCGAGUUAGGCUCCCCCUGUGGAUCUGAGAACGAGGUUUUGGUCUAAAAAAGCAUGAAAAGUGAUUCCUUGAAUUCAGGUUCCAAUGUUGCAUUAGACACAAACAAACGCUUAUGGGCAGCAGGGAGCCCAGAAUCGGUUCCCAGGGGAUCCAGCAAGUGGAGUGACUUUCUUCCUCUCGCAUGGAGCUUUCUCCUUCUUCUCACAACUCAUCUCUGGGUUUCCUAGGGAGCCUCAGGCUAUUAGAUCGGGGCAGAGGCUUCCUUACUAAUCUCCUCUGGACACUAGCAAGAUAAAGAAUCCAGGUAGUUAUCACAGUGAGUAACCAGCACAACCUGCAGAGUCUGGCUACACAUGAAAGUUAAUUAGAAUUAAAGUAGGGUGUGACUUUAAAACGGAUUAAUUAUUCCUGGUUAAUGUGCUGUGUGGACACUCUUAUUCCAGAAUAACUCCCCAUGUAGACAAGUCAGUGCUGCACUUUGCUUCCAUUCUCCCUUCCUGCCAGCAAAUGGUAAAAGCCACAGCUGUAGUAUGAUUUAUUAGGUGUAUUAUAGGAGCACCUAGGCUCCCCAGUCACGGACUAGGACCCCAUGGUGCUAGGUGCUGUACAAAUACAGAAGAAAAAGACCGCCCCAAAUUGUUUAAAAUCUUUUGCCCUUUAUGAGUUUAUAAACUGCUUUCUCUGAGAUGGAUUUAUAGGUGAACUGGAAAACUUUUCCCACACACAACAGACCCUGGCUCACUAUAUUUGUUUUU